UUCUGGGCGAAUGGCUCGCAAAAUUCACACAAAUUGCAAACACAACAAGGCACGGAUAUUUAAACAAAUUACUUGUAUAUAAAAACGCAAGCCCAGCGAUGCAGAACACAUCGGACGAGGAGGGCGCAACGCCCAGUCGAUCGGCGGGGGGCGUGGCUGCCGGUGGAGCAGCGGACGUCGACGAUAGCGGAGGCGGGGGAAGCGGAGGCACAAACAACGCAAGUGGCGGCAUCAUUGUUUUGAGAGCUGCGCUGGGAGAGAACGAGACGAGAGCGGUAAUCAAUAAAUGGCGGGUUCGCGAGGGACAGUUCGUGUCGGCGGCCCAAAUCCUGUUUCUCUACCAGCCCGUUGGCGAGGACGGAAAGCCGGGCGAAAAGGCGGGCGGCGACAGCUCCGUCCAGAAGUACAAGUCCCAGCGCGCCGGGGUGGUAAAGAAGAGGCUCCGAAAGGACGGGGAGCUCCUCUCGAAAGGGGAUGCCAUUCUGGAGUUGUCCGAGUGCAUACACACCACGGUCAUCAAGGACAUGUGCGCGGACUGCGGAGCCGACUUGCGUCAGAACGAGAAUGGACAAACCUCGGAGGCCUCUGUUCCCAUGGUGCACACCAUGCCUGAUCUUAAGGUCACUCAGAAGCUGGCUCAGAAGCUCGGGCACGACGACACCCGCCGCCUGCUGGCCGACCGGAAACUAGUGCUGCUUGUCGAUCUCGACCAGACGGUGAUCCACACCACCAACGACACAGUGCCGGACAACAUCAAGGGCAUCUACCAUUUCCAGCUGUACGGCCCUCACUCGCCGUGGUACCACACGCGCCUGCGCCCCGGCACCGCCGAGUUCUUGGAGCGCAUGUCCCAGCUGUACGAGCUGCACAUCUGCACGUUCGGGGCGCGCAACUACGCUCACAUGAUUGCCCAGCUCCUGGAUCCUGAGGGCAAGUUCUUCUCGCACAGGAUUCUGUCUAGAGAUGAGUGCUUUAAUGCCACUAGCAAGACGGACAACUUGAAAGCUCUGUUUCCUAAUGGCGAUUCCAUGGUGUGCAUCAUCGACGAUCGGGAGGAUGUGUGGAACAUGGCCUCCAACUUGAUUCAGGUCAAGCCCUAUCACUUUUUUCAGCACACUGGUGACAUUAAUGCUCCUCCGGGACUGUCCAAGCAUGAACUAGACGGCGAAGGCGUUGACUUCAAGGAGAUUACCGAAAAGAAGGAAGAGAAAGACAAGAAGGAAACCAGCGCCGAAGUGAAACCAGAAGACACUGAAAAGAGCGACAAUACUGUCUCAAGCACAAGCAAGGACGACGAGGGAAAUGAGGAAUCCGUAGACGUUUUCGAACUAGAAGCCGAAGCCAAGGACCCAGAGAUCUCUAACUCUUCGAGCGCCGCUGAGGCACCCAAAGAGACGUGUGAUAAGUUAAAUGGCAAGACUGCGGCAGAGGAAAUCUUGGCAGUGGACGACAGUUCGUCUGCGGAAAGGGCGGCCAGCGAUGGCGAGGACGUAGUCGUUAUUGACGAAAAUUCCAAGGAAAGCACAAAAGCUGAGGUGGAAGCUGCCCCGUCAGAAGAAAACGAGGUGAUAGCCUCAUCCACCACCUCAUCGGAGGAGAAGAGCCCGGCGGCCGAAGAAGAUGUGGCCACCACGUCUAAAAGCACGCCUAGCAUUCGCGCUCCCCUCGAAGGGCAGAAGCAGAUUGAAAUAGAGGACCCCGACGACUACCUGCUAUAUUUGGAGGUCAUACUGCGGAACAUUCACAAGCGAUUCUACGCCAUCUACGACGAGACUAUGGAGAUUCCCGAUCUAAAGGUCAUUGUUCCGAAGAUUCGCUGCGAGGUGCUGCGCGGCAAGAACCUGGUGUUCUCCGGCUUAGUGCCCACGCAGAUGAAGCUGGAGCAGUCGCGGGCAUACUUCAUCGCCAAAAGCUUGGGCGCCGACGUGCAGCCGAACAUUGGCAAGGAUAUCACGCAUCUGGUGGCGGUCAACGCGGGCACCUACAAGGUAAACGCCGCCAAGAAGGAGGCGGCCAUUAAGGUGGUCAAUGCGAACUGGUUGUGGACCUGCGCCGAGCGCUGGGAGCACGUGGAGGAGAAGCUCUUCCCACUAGACCGCAAGGUGCGCAACAAGGGCCGCCAGCCACCCGCUCAUUGCCACAGUCCCGAGCACGUAGUCAACUACAGCGAGAAGUCCGAGAUCUCGCCGUCCAGCAGCAAGCAGCAGGAAGAACAGAGCGGCAACUUUCGGGAGACCCUUAACCCGCUGUUGGUCUUCACCAACGCGGACAUCGAGUCCAUGAACAAGGACUACGAGACAUUUUUCGAGUCGGACUCUUCCAGCGACGAGGGGCCCGUAAACUUCGAAAACCCUCCCAUGGACAAGAAACUGUUAAAGAGAAAGCGCGAAGAUGAUAACUCCAAUCGAGCCCAUGACUUCUUCACGCGUAGCGAGGAUGUGAUGAUCGGGGCACCGAACAUGUUGGAGUAUGAUAUAAGUUCAAACGAUGAGGCCGAAGACAAUAACGAGAACGAGGAUGACGACGAUGAGAUGCCCAGCGCUAAGUUUCGACGAGGGGAAAAGCUGCCUUCCGAUUUGGAAAUGGGCUCCGACUCGAAUAGCGAGAAGGACCCAGAGGACGAAGACGACGGAGAGUGGAACAUGAUGGGUGCCGCCCUGGAGAGAGAGUUCCUUGGCCUGGAGGACUAGCUGCCUAAUCUUGACUUUGCCUCUUAGAAAUUCAGCAAGAUCCGCGAACAGCAGGCAGGGACAAAUGUCCUCGCGCUGGAGGGCCUGCUGCUCGGCCAUUUAAGACAUUUCUAGUUCAAGUUCUGACAUUUCUGUAGAGCAUGGAGGAACAAAAAAUAAUGAGUUUCGUGCUAGAGUGGAGCAUCCGGGUACGCUUAUACUUAGGUUCCGUACUGUAUGUAUUAGCUGUUAAUAUGUACUUUUAAAGUAGCCUGUAAGAGAUCGCACAUUGGCCGGCGAGGCGGUCCUCCAAUCGCAGUGAAUUUUUGAAUCAAAAACUCUCAUUCUGAUAUAUUGUAAAUUGAAGCCUAUUGUAAAUUUUAAAAAUAAAUUCCGUUUCAGCGGACUAGUAUCUAG